UGCUGUUGGAGUUUCCAAUUCAAGUAUCAUCCUUGACAGCUUCAUGAAGGCAAGAAGCCACAGGGACAACGACCUACCAUCAUAUGGACGUCUGAAUGGUACAAGAGGAGAUGGAUGGUGCGCUGAAAAAAAUGAUGAAAAACAGUGGCUUCAAGUAGAUCUCAAGAAUAUUUUUGAAGUCUGCGCUGUUGCGACCCAAGGAGAUGUCAAUGGCAAUCAGUGGGUGAUUGACUUCAAGCUAGAGUUCUCGAAAUCCUAUGAGAGCAACUGGCCCGCUUAUAAGGAUGCUCAUGGCUCAGAAUUGAUAUUUCAUAGGGAAGGUGGAUCCCACACAAUUAACCAACAUCCCCUGGACGUUCCAGUUUAUGCAAGAUACAUUCGUUUUCUACCAGUUACUUGGAAACGCAGAAUCUGCCUUAGAGUCGAGGUUUACGGAGCCGCUAAGUGUGCAGAAGCUCAAGGGAUGGAUAGCGGUGCUAUCACCGACAGUCAGAUUAGCGCCUCUUCUCAGUGGGAUCACAACGAAGCUGCUUAUAAUGGUAGACUUCACUUUAAAGAAGUAACAUCAGGUUACAAGGCAGGAGCUUGGGUGGUUCGCACAAAUAAUGAAAACCAGUGGCUGCAGAUAGAUCUGAUUAGUCGAUACAUUAAAGUAACUAGGGUUGCAACACAAGGAAGGACUCUGACUUACAGCAACGACGGAGUAAACUUCCACAUUUAUAGAGAACGCGGACACAGGGAAGCCAAGAAUUUCGUUGGAAACACAGACAGAGACACUGUCGUGUAUCAUGACCUCUUCCCACCCAUUAGAGCAAGAUACAUCCGUUUCCGACCAACAGCUUGGCAUAGUACGAUAUCAAUGCGAGUAGAGCUGUACGGAUGUUCAGAAUGUCAAGACCCUUUUGGUAUGGAAAACGGUGUCAUUUCUGACGAACAAAUUAGUGCCUCUUCAGAACUGAAAGCAGCUCAUGCGGCGAAAAUGGGCAGACUGAAAGCGAAAGCGGGAACGUGGUUGCCAUCCAAAAACAAUGUGGACCAAUGGCUUCAGAUUGAUUUGCAGAAAAACGACGCCAUCGUCACGAGAGUUGCCACACAAGGACUGAAUACCGGAAGUAAGUGGGUCACCAGCUUCAAUCUACAAUAUGGUAACGACGAAAUUAACUUCCAUUAUUACAUGGCACAAGGGGAGAUAGUAAAAAAGACUUUUGAUGGAAAUGAUAACAGGUGGACAGUAGUUUACCACACCUUAAAUCCCUCCAUCACGGGACGUUACAUCCGAUUUCGCCCAACUAAUUGGAAAGGGGGAAUUGCAAUGAGGGUGGAGCUGUUCGGAUGUUCAGAUGUAAACGAGUGUAAGAAUGAACUAGAUGACUGCGCUCCUGAAGCAAAGUGCUCUAAUAGAUAUGGAUCAUUCAUCUGUAGAUGCCUACCUGGAUACUCUGGAGAUGGACGAUUUUGCAAUGAUAUUGACGAAUGUACCACAAAUGUGCACAACUGCGACCCAUGGUCGGUUUGUAACAACACAAUUGGAUCUUUUGACUGCACAUGUAUUAAAGGAUAUGAAGGAAAUGGCACAACUUGCCUCGAAAUCGAUGAAUGUGCAAUAUCGACUCAUAACUGUCAUGGAGUUGCUUACUGCUUCAACAAUCCGGGAUCCUUUAGCUGCGAGUGCCGGAAAAACUACAUUGGAGAUGGGAUAUCAUGUGAGGCUGACGGAGAUUUCUCAGUGACCAUCAGAAGCAUUUCAAAGGAUAAGUAUCACGCCACACCAGUGCAGCGUUCAGUCAAAAGUGUCCUUGAAGCCCUGAUACAGGGUCUGCAUAACGAUUUAAUUGUACUGAAAAGCACCUUUGAAUGGAGUGUGGUUUCUGAAAUGGAGCUAGCUGUCUCCGAGUCGGCUUUAGAAACUAUAGUUAGUCAAGGGACGACAGAGUGGACAAUAAAAAGACGAUCCGUACCAGCUGGCAUCUAUCAAGUCAAAUUCAAUGCAACAAUUACAGUUGGGGAUCCAGUAUCCCCACAGGUACUCAAUGCUUUUGAUUAUGGCUUCAUCGAGGUUAUUGCAGCUCCAGUGCGAGCCAUCAUCGAUGGAGGAAGCAGUGUACGGUGGGGAUACAAAAACAUUGCAACUGUGGAUGGUUCCUUGAGUUACGAUGCUGAUAUUGGCCCUGGAAUACACACUGGGCUAAAUUUCACCUGGUCUUGUCGGAAUGAUACCUCUGUCAGCAACACUUGUUUCGAUUCUUUUCGUGGCGAGAGAAAUAUAAACUCCACAGUGAUAAGAAUUGAACCUAGUAAACUUGAAAUAGAUAAGACUUACUUUCUGCGACUGAGUGUGUCCAAGGAUGUGAGAAGUUCCUUUACUGAAAUGUCCUUUGCGAUAGCUGCUGGAGAGGUACCUCAGGUUACUCUCAGAUGCUUCGUGGAUUGCGGCCCAGUGGUGUCUGCUUCAAACAAGUUCCGUGUGACAUCAGAAUGUCUUAAUUCUCCCUGUAAUGGAUCCAAAUAUGAAUGGCGCCUGUCCAAAUUCAAUGGCUCAGACAAUUGGGUAAACAUACCCAUUUUACCCAAUAUGACUUCAACUGCUGUAAAUGCGACCAAUAUGAUCAUCAAGAAGAAUUCAUUGUCAUCCAGAUCAAAAUACAAUCUCACAUUAUUUGUAACAUCUUGGGAGGGGACAUACGGUUUUUCUGUGCUACUCUUUGAAACGGCUGGAGAGCCACAUAAUGGCUAUUGCAUGCCGUCUGCAUCUGAAGGUGUUUCAUUGGAGACCGAGUUUACUUUCAAGUGCUUCGAUUGGCAGGAUACGAGCUUACCGCUAACAUAUGAAUUCUCACUUGGAGAGGAGCCAAUAUCCUAUGGCACAUCACCCUCGUCUGUAUCAACAGUUUUACCAGCAGGAUCGCCGGAAAAUGAUUUCCAACUGCAAGUUACUAUUGUUAUCAAGAAUUCAGUUGGAGUAGCUGUUGAACAGAAAUUAUCUAUCAAGGUAAAGCCAUCAUCUAGCCUCGAUCUAUGUGUUUCAUCACCCGAGGACGUUGCAAUCAAGUUAAAAGGUUUUGUAGUCUUGGAAGGUAAUAAGCUUGAUGGAUUUCUCAACAAAGGGGAACUCAGUCAAGCUGUUCAACUUGGCAUAUCCGUCCUUAAGUCUGCCAAUGAGAAAAACGAGUGUGGACUACAACUAGACCCCAAAGACAAAGCCUUGGUAUGUUAA